CCGUAAACAUUGCAUGAUCGAUCUCCCGCUUCGCUAUCCGCUUCUCCGUAUUAAUCUCGUCGUCAUGUAUAUUUCUGUCGUGCCGGCUUCGUUUUGAUUGUACCUCUUGUAUUAGUGCGUCCUGAAAAAUUAUACUGUUGCAGCUUAGAAAGUUUGCAUUUGAUGUCAUUAAAAUUCAUAACCAUGGCACCUAUAAAGCAUAGUACACCAAAAGUAUCAGCUUAUUCAAUUUACAAUCGAAAUAAGAAAUUUGCUGCUGCUGUUCAAGAAGGAAGCGUGGUACCUGUUAUUGAGAAGCCCAAGAGAAGCGAUACUGAGGCACCUUCAGACAAAAAAAGAAAAGGUGAUAUACCCAAAAAUGGCAUUAAAAGAAAGUCUGAUAAACAAGGGAUCGAAGAGAACAAAAACUGGAGAAAGAGGAAAAUUCAAAAAGUACCUCUAAGUAUUCAAAAUGCAGAUUCUGAGGAGGAUACGGAAGCCAUAGAAGAAGAAUGUGAAGGUGGCAUGAAUUUCGAAUCAUUAUCCUCAACAAAAGCAAGUGGCAGCAAAAGUCAGCCUGUGCCAUGUGGAAAUGAGAUUGCUGAAUCAACCUUUCGCUGGCUCAUAGACCCUGUUGAACCAGAAGUAUUCUUUAGGGAAGAAUAUGAGAGAAGACCAUUCAUCAUUCGUCGUUCCAAUAAAUCUUAUUACAAAGGUUUAUAUAGUACUAAUCAGUUUGACAAAAUUGUGAGACAGAAUCUUUUAAACUAUGGUGUAGAGAUUGAUGUUGUGAAGUAUGUUGAUGGUGAACGAAUACCAUUAGAAAGUGAUCACAAAAUUAUUCCAUCUUUUCUUUGGACUGCUUUUAAGGAUGGAUACUCAAUCCGAAUGCGAAAUCCUCAAGUUUACAAUAAAUCACUGAGAAGUUUGUGUGCAUUAUUGCAAGAAUAUUUUGGCAAUUAUGUUGGUGUUAAUAUGUAUUUGACACCUGCUGAUUCACAAGGUUUUCCUCCUCAUUUUGAUGAUAUUGAUGCCUUCGUUCUACAAAUUGAAGGCACGAAACAUUGGAAAUUUUACACUCCAAGUGAAAAGGAUGAGCUUGCAACGGCUUCAAGUGCUGACUUGGAUGAGGCUGCGCUUGGAGAACCCUGCAUGGAAGUGGAAGUUAAUCCUGGAGAUUUGCUGUAUUUUCCUCGUGGCUUUAUUCAUCAAGCUAGAGCAGAUCCUGACACACAUUCUUUGCAUCUUACUGUAUCCACUAACCAAAUGAAUACUUGGGGUGAUUUGCUACAAAUUGCUUUCAGAGACGCUGUUCAGACUGCUAUGACCAAUGAUGUUGAAUUUCGUAAAUCUCUUCCAAAGGAUUAUACAAAUUAUAUGGGAUAUCCAUAUUGUGGAACGGUUUCAAGACAGAGGAGAGAUUUUAAGAAGAAAGCCGAAAGCUUAAUCAGAGAAGCCAUGAAUUACUUGUCAUUGGAUGAUGCCGCUGAUGCCCAGGCUAUUGAUUUCGUUCAUGGUGCACUGCCACCUGUUUUUACUGAACAGGAGAAAGCACGCAGUGUACAUGGGAAUGGGACCUGUUUUCUGGAUGGAGCUGUCGUGUCAUCAGCAAAACUUUCUUUAGACUCAGCGAUUCGCCUGAUUAGAAAAAGAGCAUUUGCACUGGAUUUUGAAAGUGAUAGCUGUAAAUUAUUCCAUUCUUUGUGCAACAGUAGAAAUCACAAAGAAAACGACGUUGUAUUUGUUAACGUGGAUGAUGCUCACAUGCCAGCUUUAGCUACUCUUUUAAGAGUUCACCCUGAGUUCAUAAAAAUCAAAGACUUACCUUCUAAGAAGUCUAAACAGUUGUUGGCAUUUCUUCAAGAAUUGUACGACAGAGGUCUCUUAGUAACUGAAACAUCUUUGCCGAUUGAAGAAUAAAUAUAACAUCUCAUAAACAUAAAUGUGUAAAAAAAUUUUUUUUUUUUUAAAUUACAAUAAAGUUUAAACUAAAACGUA